AAACGAGCUGUAAAGGUGCUGAUGAUGCCAAUGAGGUUACAGGAGAAACAUCUCAGGUCCAGACGGAUGGUUGGUGGCGCAGGCAACAACAUUUUAGUCCCGAUUGGAAACAAGAUCACGCUGAGGCAAAUUCGGAAAUGAACAGACCACUGUCCUUUUUCCCAGGAAACGCUAACGAAGAUAAAUUUGAUACCAAUGAAGAAAUUAUAAGCUGCAUACAGAACAUGAUCAAAACGUCUGUACACACCAGUCACUUCAGAUAUCACAUUGACAUGAUCUGUGCAUGUGCUGAUGAUACUAAAGAAGAUGAUGAGAAUGGGGAUUGUUUUAAAUCGGAGACUUCUAAGCUACCAUCUGAGGAGCCAGCAAAAUGUGAGCCAAAAUACCAAAACAGAGGCACCAAUCAUCUGACAAUCAAGUGGGAAUCGGCAACAGGCGAGGUUCAGACCUAUGGGGUAGACUUAAUUGUGAAAGACGAAAUUGUCCGAUCUAAAAACAAUCUUCGGGAUAGCAGCACAGAAGUCACAUUUGAUGAACUACUUCCAGGAACUGAGUAUGAUGUGAUAAUUCACACUGUAACAGAUAGUGCAGACACACAAAGUUAUCCUCUGCGAGUUUGUGCAGGUCCCGAGGAGAUAGUGGGCUGUGAAAUAACGCAUCUGUCCAACAGGUGUUUACAGCUUUCCUGGCAGCGCCCGCAGAGACAUGUCAACUAUUUCCAAGUAUUUUAUUGGCCGAGUGGGAAGAGCUGUAGUUCUAAGUGCGAAGAGACACGGGAGACACUGAUUGUCCUCUCAGAUUUGGAUCCUGAUACAUCUUAUGAGGCUCGUAUCACAACGGUGUCAAAGGAAAGGACAAGUAAACAUUAUCAUAUUACAUUUGCUACAGACCCGGGGGUACCGUUGGGUUUUACACGGAUAUACAGAGGUUUGAACAGCGUGAAUGUAAAAUGGAACAAACCAAAAGGUUUAUUUGACCAUUUCAUUGCUCGAUGGCGUUUACAAGAUGAGGAGGAGACAAAUGAAACCAGAGAUACAACAAAGACACAGCAUAUAGUUCCUGGCUUAUCGUCUGGUAUACAGUAUGAAGUCUGUGUUUCUUCCGUCAGUAACGGGAAGGAAAAUGAACCCUGCUCUAUUGACGUGCAAACAGAAUCAGCAACAAUAACAGCAAUCGACAUUGAACCUGGUGUUUAUAGUUUAAAGUUAAAAUGGAAAAUGUCCGAAGGCAGAGUUGAUAGAUACCAGGUACAAUUUUAUGGCCCCAAAGGUCCACAAGAGAGAAUGAUGUGCCCUACUGGAAAGACAACACUCCAGAAACAGCUUACCUUGCCAAGCCAUUUGCCAUGCGAAAUAACCAGAGAAGCAUACCUUUUUGUUCCUGGUGCUGAACAAGGGGGUGAUGCUGGCAACAACCAAUACAUUCUUACAGAUGCCUGUUGGACACGCAGCAAGGAGUGGAUCGUGAAAUUCAAUUCACAGGAAUUGUAUCUACACCGUGGACACAAGAUCUGGGAAAUUAAUUUAUGGGAAUUAAUGACCCGAAAUGUACAGCAGAAGAGAAGUGAUACUGUGGGGCGAAAAGAGGCCCUGAAAAGAAACCAAAGACAUUUGACUACAAAUGAAACGGGUCUUGUUAUAUCAAUGGGUUGUUACGGUGAAAAAGCAAAGCGGACUAAAACAUCAUUUUAAGACGUUCAUAUUUCUUGCAUUUUCUAUUAUAGACGUUUUAAAUUGACAACGCCAAAUUUAUCUUAUUUUACUAAACUUUUGAAUGGCCCACGGCAACAAAUGGACUUAUAAGAAUCAUUAGCGUUGCAUUUCAAAGGGCAGAUCAAGUGCAAAAUUUAGUUGCGGGGUCGAAUUCCUCAUAUAUGGCAGAAUUGCCGUCUGAAACUGUUGUAUGUAUUUAGUCGCGACACGUGAGCACAUUUAGUAAUCUUUGCCAUAGUGUGCACGUAAUUCAACAUUUGCAUGACAAUAUUCUACGUGUAUAAAAUUGGGCAUAGCAAAUUAUUGUUAGCCCAAUUUUUUUUUUAUUGUUGCUGUUAGCUACAAAGACUAUAUUCAGUGAUUUAGAUAUUGACAGUCCUUCUAUAAAGAAUAGUUGAACCUAGAUAACAAAAACCAAUGGAUUGCAAAGAUAAAACUAUUAAUUUUUAUAUGCUAUGCGAAAAAUGCUGGGUUUUGUCACACGUGGAUAAAGGACCUAAGGGCUGUAUCUCUACGGGAUACUGAAAAGGAAGAAGCGAUUUGAUAUCAAUACUGAUAUCAGUAAAUACAUUAUGAUAACAGUAAAUGUAUUAUAAAGCACAAACGUGAAUAACGAAAGCAAAAUUGAUACAUAUUAUAAUAUUCAGACAACGUAACGAUUUUCAAUGUGUAUUUUUUAAUAUUUAUGUAUAAUAUGUAUAUCAAGAACGCAGUAGCAAGGAAUAAGUAGCAGCAGAGUAAAAGCUUUGUUCUGCAGAAUUUAUGAAAAGUGAUUUCUAGAAAGAAAUGAAAAACUAAACUAGAAAACAGUCACAAAUAUACAGA